AUGCGACCUGUUCCAACGUGGAGGAAUUGGACUGUCGUGUGCAGGCCUCGCCUACAGAUCCGUUCCUUUGCUUCUGCCCCUGCAGAGCCUCUGAUUAAAGUGCAAUUCCAGCCUGCUCCCCAUUCGGGAAACAUUCGCAUCCUGCUGCUGAAUAGAUCGGAAGCGAGAAAUGCUCUCUCACGCGGUCUCAUAACUGAAUUGAAGCGUCAUGUGGACGAAAUCCAGGCGGAGGGGCCAAGAGGGUCUACUCGGGCACUGAUCGUUGCUUCCAACACGGACAAGGCCUUCUGCGCCGGGGCUGACCUGCGAGAGAGGAAGGGAAUGAAUCACGAAGAGACGAGGGCUUUCAUGACGAACGUAAGAAACACCUUCGCAGAUCUUUCGAACCUCCCCAUCCCUACUAUCACGGCUAUUUCGUCGGUUGCCCUUGGCGGAGGGUUAGAGCUAGGCCUUUGUACAACUCUGCGGGUGUUUGGAUCUUCCGCCAUCGUUGGGCAACCCGAGACGAAAUUGGCCAUCAUCCCUGGUGCCGGAGGGACUUACCGGUUGCCUGCGCUCAUCGGCGUCAACCGAGCACGAGACCUCAUUUUGACCGGAAGAAGGGUCAGUGGCGCCGAGGCAUAUUUCCUUGGGCUAUGCAACAGGCUGGUGGAGAUCACGCCCGAAGACGAGGAGGAAGAAGGGAAAGCCCGACAAAAGGUCCUCGAUGCCAGUAUACAACUAGCACACGAUAUCAGUGAGGGAGGUCCCAUUGCGGUGACCCAGGCCAUGCGGGCGAUAAAUGGGUGGCAGCGCGGUGAAGCAGCCGAAAACGAGGCAUACGAGGUUAUACUAAACACUCACGAUCGAGUGGAAGCGUUGAGGGCUUUUGCAGAGAAGAGAAUGCCCGUAUUCAAAGGAGAAUAA